AUGAUAGCAGGUUUCUUCUUUCUGAUCUUCUUCACAGAAGAGAACAAUAAUGGAAACUGUGGUUAUAACGAUGUUGUAAAGUUUCUAAACCUGAAGAAAGACAAUGAUAAGUACACUCUGACAAGGCCUGUGAAAAACUACAAUACUGUUACAGAGGUAUUACAUCUAAUGAAAGUUUUUGGCAUCCUAGAUAUGGUAAAAACCGAACAGAUCUUCAUUUCUUAUAUUUGGGUAUUUUUGAGAUGGAAAAAUGAGCACAUUUCUUGGAACCCAAAGGAAUUCUGUGGACUUGAAUCCAUAACAAUUCCUACUGAACUGUUAUGGAUGCCAGAUUUAAUUAUCGAAGAAAUGACAGAGAAGGAUAAAGCUACUACAAAUCCUUUUCUGACGAUUUAUUCAAAUGGCAAUGUCUCAUUUAGGAAUGAUCAUGUGGUAGUAAGCACCUGUAAGAUGAAUGUGUACAAAUUCCCCUUUGACAGUCAGAGCUGCAACCUCUCCUUCAAGUCAAUGACACACACUCCUCGAGAAAUAAAUUUGAAAACACUGGAAAAUGAUAAAGUGAUAACAAGGUGGUCCAAAGACUUGAUAGAAACACAGGAUGAAUGGGAGUUCCUCGACAUUACAGUCAACAACCAAACCAGUGAUUUGGACCGUUUUCAAUCUAUGCUUGUUUACACUAUUACCAUGAAGAGGAGAUCUGUCCUCUACAUUGCCAAUUUCAUUCUGCCGAUCCUCUUCUUCUUGAUUCUGGACUUGGUCUCCUUCCUGAUCUCAGAUAGUGGGGGUGAGAAGCUCAGUUUCAAGGUGACUGUCCUGCUUGCUGUCACCGUGAUGCAACUUAUUCUCAAUGACAUUCUGCCCAGCUCUUCAGACAAGGUUCCACUUAUAGCUCUCUACUGCAUUGGGGUUUUUACUCUGAUGAUGCUCAGCCUCUUGGAAAGCAUUUUAGUGAUGCAUCUGAUUGAUAAAGACUCUGCUACACAAAACAACAAGACAGAUGGUGACCAAAGCCUAAGUGAGUAG